CACUAUAUAAUGCUGUGUAUUUCAUUGCAGGCGAACAGUUUAAGCGCGCAUUCUGUUUUGAUCAUAAGAUUGUUCCUAAGGGAAUGGAGGAGAAAAAAACACAUUUAUUGGAAUUACUGGACGCUAAUGCGCCGCAACAAAAAUUUGAAGAUAUCAUGCGUGAAAAUGAAGAAAUGAAGCAAAAGCUGUUGUGUACAGUGUGCCUUGACAAGGUCAGAUGCAUCGUGUUCCUACCAUGCAGACAUCUAUUGGCCUGUGAACUGUGUGGUCUUCCAGUAAAUACUUGCAUGAGAUGCAACACAAUGGUGAAGGAACACAUGAAAGUCAUACGAGCAGUUUCAAACUGAAUGGACAAAGAAAAUGUCUACACUUAUUAACUAUGUGUGUAUUAUCAAUCACUUCUCUUUGUCUUUUCUAUCGAUACAUUUAUAUUACGAUUUUUUGUAAGAAGUACACUGUUCGAUAUAUUCAUAUGAAUCAGUUGUAGUACAUACUCCUUUGUUAUUGUUAACAAACUGUUACAUACAUUGAGUCAAAUCAAAUCAUAUCAAUAUUUAUUUAUUGUCGGUAUGAAUACAAUAUAUAUGGAAUAAAUUAUCGAAAGAUGAAAUUAAAAUGAGUCCCAUUAUAAUCGAUGUGUAAUGCAUAAGGCGGUUUAUUUAGUAUUACCUGUUUGCAAUGGUUUCAGGUUGUUGUUAUUUUAUAACAUAUACAUUGUAAUAAAUUAAAAUUAAGUAAUACAAGUUAGUCACCCAUCCUGUAAGUUAUGUAACGAUUAUAGCCACGCUAUAUGUAUUAGCUCAUGUUUGACAUUUUAUUAUAUACCUUUUCUAUGUGUUUAACACAAUAACUUAUUUUCCAGUAUAUCUCAGUUAACUAAAAUAUGUUCAUGUGUUUAAAAACAUUAAGUAUGUAUGAAAUAUAACUGCAAGGUGAGAAGGAUUCUUAUUUACCGAAGUUGUUUUGUACAUUCUCUAUAUAAACAAAUGUACUUAUA